AUGACUCAGGCCGUCAAGAGAGCCUGCGACGCCUGUCACCGGCGAAAGGUCAAGUGCGACGGCAUCAACCCGUGCCGAAACUGCUCUUCGGCCCAGCUGUCCUGUACCUACAAUGCCAUCCCUCAGAAGAAGGGCCCCAAGGGCUCUCGCGCAAAGGUCAUUAGCGAGUUGAGAGAGACACAACGCCAGACCAGCCUAGCCGCCAAGAUCCACGGUCGCAUCAACGGCGGACCAAACGCUCCUCCGGCUUCGAACCUCGCUCCCACUCCCGGUAUGCUGACCAGCGAACUCGUCAAGGAAUGCUCCCAGUUCUUCUUCGACCACAUGAACGCACAGGCCCCCAUCCUGGACCGGAGGCAAGUCGAGCAGCAGAUCCUCUACAUGGAGCAGAACCGCGAUGCCUACUGCCUCAUGGCCUCCAUGUGUGCCUUUGUCAUGCUGCAGCCCGGCAUGACGAUUCCUUCUUCAGAUCCUUACAACCUCGACGUGAUCCCCGGCGCCAACAUUGUCUCGUGUCAGCUUCUUUUGGAGGAGACGUUGAGGGUCCGCAAGGGCUACGAGUACCUCGAGCAGAUCACCAUCAACUCCCUGGCCACCAACUUCUUCCUCUUUGGAUGCUACUAUGGCCAGGAAAUGCACGAAAAGGCCUGGUACUACCUCCGCGAGGCAACCACAAUGAUUCAGAUGGUUGGCAUGAACAAGGAGGAAUACUACAUGCAGCUCGACGUUGCCGAGGCUGCUCGUAUGCGAAGAAUCUACUGGCUGUUCUUUGUCAUUGAGAGAGCGUAUGCUAUCCAGCGCCAGCGCCCCCUUACUCUCCAGGCCACCAUCAAUCUCCCGACUCUCGGAGAUGAUCCCACUGACCCCCUCGCCCACCAGCUCAACGGCUUCAUUCUCCUGGUGAACCUCUUCCGACCAUUCGACGACGCCUUUACCAGCAUGUGGAACAAGGCGCGGAGCCAUCUCCCAUCUCAGUCCAUUGUCAGCCUGCAGAAGCUACUAAAUGACACGGUCCAGCGCGCUCUCUGCCAGGACCCUUCGUGGAAUGAUGUUCACACGAACCAGCAGUGGCUAAAGAACAUGGUCUGGCAGCUAAGCAACGGCGUCGUUGCUGGUGGCGAGGACUCCAUCUCCUACCAGUUCCCUGGCACCAUGUCUAGGGAGCUGCUCUUGAAGAUGGCCUCGCACUUCCCCGGCCAGGGCAUGGAGCUCCUGACCUCUGGGCUUCUCGAGAAACUCAUCGAGUGUGCUUACUCAAUGACAGAGUACCUGGCUAUGCAGCCUGCUUCCCGAGACCCCUUUGCCCAAGGGCCUCAUGAGCACCUUGCUCAGAUCAUCAACAUUGUCAGCGCCUCAAGAAACGGCGACUACCGCUUCCUGCCACUCCUCAUGAGCAAAGUCAGCGAGGUUCUUCCUCGUCUGGUUAACCCCAUGCUCCAGAAUGUCCCCGAGACGAUUGCCAUGGCCCAAGUUGACAUCUUUGACGGAUUUGGCAAUGCCGGCAUGGCUCAGCCUGCGCAGAUCCAAAUGAUGGAGACCGACUACGACCGCAAGUUUUCUGUUGAAGAGUACGAAAAGAACAACUCGAACCAAGGCCAGACCCCGCCUGUACCGCGCCAGGCUUCGGAGAUGCCCAGCUCCUUCGUUGGCUCUCCUCCAAUGAUGUCUCCUACUAUGGAGUAUCCUCACAACAUCAACGGCUACGCUGUUACGCCAAUGUCCGAGAUGGUGAUGAGUCCAAUUGGAAACCACCCUCCUCCACCCCAACAGCAUCAACAUCAAGCCCAACACCAGCACCAUCAGCAUCAACAUAUCAAUCAGCCACCGCCUAAUCAUAUGCAUGACCCGAUGGGCCAGUCACACAUGGGCAUGGCAGCUCAGAACAUGCAGCCGCUGCAGCCGGCGCAUCACAUGGGCAAUAUGAUGGAUAUGCGGCAGCCGGGACAGCGACAGAACAGCUUCGCAAUGCAAGGCCAGCCUCAGCAUUUCCAUAAUAUGAAUGCGAUGACGGGCGAGAUAAAUUUCAACACUUUGCGGUAG